AGUAAAGUAGAGUGUGUGUGAGUGAAGUUGAAGCUCUUAAAAAAAUCAUCACACUGUAAUGUGACUGUGUUAGCUCCGACAGAGAAAGAGAAGGAGCCGUCGUUACUUUUUCUGCGCAUCGGAACGUUAGGUGAGGAGGUCAAAGCUUCAAUAACGAAGAAGAAGAAGUAGAAGCUUCAGCUUCAGCUUCACCUCUCGUUGUUAGUUACAAGUAAAGUUGGGGGCAGAGCCGCAGAGGCAGCUGCACAUGGCGGCCACUCGCUUCGCUCUCAUCAUCUUUGCGGCUUCGCUUUUCCUUAUGCUUCCAGAUUGCUGCUCUGGGAGCUUUAUUGGGAUCUGCUAUGGAAGAAAUGCUGAUGACCUCCCUACACCUGAUAAGGUGGCUCAGUUGGUUCAGCUUCAUAAGAUAAAAUAUGUCAGGAUUUAUGAUUCCAACAUACAGGUCCUCAAGGCCUUUGCAAACACCCCUGUUGAGCUUAUGGUAGGGGUUCCCAAUUCUGAUUUGCUCUCACUCUCCCAGUUCCAGUCUAAUGCAGAUACUUGGCUCAGAAACAGCAUCCUUCCUUACUAUCCGGCCACAAAGAUCACAUACAUUACUGUAGGUGCCGAAGUCACCGAAAGUCCCAAUAACGCCUCUAUGUUUGUAGUGCCUGCCAUGACCAAUGUCGUUACAGCACUCAAGAAAGUUGGGCUACACAAAAAGAUAAGGGUAUCCAGUACCCAUUCUCUGGGAGUUCUGUCCCGAUCGUUUCCACCUUCGGCUGGAGCUUUUAAUAGCAGCCAUGCAUAUUUCCUAAAGCCAAUGCUAGAAUUUCUUGCUGAAAACCAGUCACCGUUUAUGAUUGAUAUGUACCCUUAUUAUGCUUACCGAGAUUCCCCAAAGAAAGUGCCUUUAGACUAUGCACUAUUUGAGGCAUCCUCUGAAGUUAUUGAUCCAAACACUGGUUUGCUGUACACAAGUAUGUUUGAUGCACAGAUUGAUGCUAUUUACUUUGCGCUGACGGCCCUAAACUUCCGAACGAUUAAGAUCAUGGUGACUGAAACAGGUUGGCCUUCCAAAGGGUCGCCUAAGGAGACGGCUGCAACUCCUGAUAAUGCACAGAGAUAUAAUGCUAAUCUGAUAAGGCAUGUUAUCAACAACACUGGCACCCCUGCAAAGCCUGGGCAGGAACUAGAUGUCUACAUUUUUUCAUUGUUCAAUGAAAACAGGAAGCCUGGUUUAGAAUCCGAAAGGAACUGGGGAUUAUUUUAUCCAGACCAGACAAGUGUGUAUAACCUGGAUUUCACUGGAAGAGGUGCUGUUGACAUGACUACCUCAGCUAAUAUAACCAGAUCAAAUGGGACAACAUGGUGCAUUGCUUCAAGUAAAGCCUCACAAAUGGACUUGCAGAAUGCUGUAGAUUGGGCUUGUGGUCCUGGCAAUGUGGAUUGUACAGCUAUUCAGCCUAGCCAACCUUGUUAUGAGCCAGAUAACCUUGUCUCGCAUGCUUCGUACGCUUUUAAUAGCUAUUACCAGCAAAAUGGGGCUUCUGAUGUUGCCUGUAGCUUUGGAGGGACAGGUGUUAAAGUUGAUAAGGAUCCAAGCUAUGACAACUGCAUCUACAUGAGAGCUGGAGGCAAUAACAAAACUGUGACAGGUAAUACAACAGCAAUGUCUUCAACUUCAUCUACAGCACAUAAAGGAAGUUCUUCAUUAAUUUAUGGUUUUGUUCUUGUAACUUCGCUCUCCAUUCUAUUGAAUAUUCAACGGUACUGAAAAGCUUGAUUAUAGCAUGAUUUUGCCAUGUUGUGAUAGAUGUAUGCUGCAUUUGACAUGCAGGGGAGGUAGUUGUUAUUAUAAUACAUCAUAAAAGUGUAAACUCCUUUGCUGGUUGUUAUAUAAGAAUAAGAAAAAGGGUUUCUAAGUUCAACCUAA